CCGGAACGGCCGCGCGGCGCCGCUUCCGCCGGCGGGGCUGGCGCGGGCUGGCGCGGAGCUGGCGGUGCCCGCGGGGGAGCGGCCGGGCAAGGCCGGAGAGACUCUGCCUACGUUCAGAGGGGCUGAACCCUGUGCGGCACGCUCAGGACUUUUAUAACGGAGGGUGUUCUGCAGAGAAAAAGGUCUUUGAGUUCCAUCUUGUCCAGGACUGGUUUCCUGUCUGCUGUCACCAUGGCAAUGUCACUUAGAACUGUGUGGUCCAGCCUCCUUUGGAUGCGUUCAGCAGUAACCUGCAAGCAGGUCCCACUGCAGAAUGGAGCAGUGUAUCAUGCUUGCCAUAAAUCUACAUACUCAGUUCUCCCUGAAGACUACAAUUGCAAAGUGGAACUUGCAGUGACAUCUGAUUCGAAGACAAUUGUCUGCUACCACCCUUCACUUGAGAUUCCAUACGAGCAUACAAAACCCAUACCACGGCCAGAUCCAGUGAAUAAUAAAGAAGAAAACCUUGAUCAAGUUUUAAAAUCCAGAUUGAAUGAAAAAGAGCUAAAGAACAGUAGAGGUCCUACAAUUGAAGAGCUCAGCAAAAUGUUUUACACAACAAAACAUCGCUGGUAUCCUGUGGGACAGUAUCAUAGGAGACGCAAGAAUCCUAAUCCUCCUAAAGACCGAUAACAAAGAUAACUUCUUGUUCAUCAGGACUGUGCUAUUAAUUUUGACUGGAAAUAAAAGUUACAGAAGGUGA